AUGUCCCACACCGCGUCGCAGGUCGUGCUGCACAUAUGGCCGAGUCAGGAUUCUGCACUUUCAUUUGACCCAUCAUGCGUGGCGGCCCUUCUUUAUCUCCAACUCGCGAUACCCGGACUCUUCGCCUUGCAGUAUUGCACGAACCCCGACCUCUCGCCCAGUGGGCAGCUGCCGUUCCUGACGCACGGCAUGCACAAUGCUUCGACACUCCCGGCUAUCAUUAAAUAUGUGAACCAUCUCGAGGGUGCACGCGACCUCGAUGAGUCCCUGGACUCGUUGGAGAAGGCACAAAAUACUGCACGGCUCGCUCACGUACAGUCUGAGUAUGGUGAUCUAGUGGCGCACAUGAUGUAUUCGCUCAAUGCCAACUGGUGGAAAACCACGCGUCCGGCUUUAGUGUCUAUAUUGCCCUUGCCGCAGCGAUACUACGUUCCUGCGCGGCUUAGGAACUCUCACAAACCGAGAUUAGAGUUCGCCGGGCUCUGGGACGUCCCAGGCAUUGAAUACGAAGAUGAAGACGAUGAUCACUUCUCGUUCCGUAAAAUCAAGAGGAGCAGAAGGGCCUCCACGCAAGAGAAGCUCAAACGGACUUUUGAGCGCGAGAAGGUGAUUGAAAAAGCACGCGCGUUCUUUGGAAUCUAUGCGAAACUUCUGGCAGACCGCCCUCUGUUCCACCUUCAUGACAGGCCUACCUCACUUGACGUAGCGUUUGCUGCACACACUCACAUUCUAACUAAGCUCCCUUUCGCGAAUCCUCUCUUGCAAACAGUCCUUCGAGACUCCUACCCUAGUCUCGUCGUUCACGCUAACACGGUCCUGUCCAUCGCGCUCCCUGAGGCACAGUCGCUUCCUCAAGCGGUUCAGCCUAGCAUGGACAUCUCAUUCAGCUCUCUGAUUCCCUGGCCCAGACAUUCAGCGCCGAAACCGAAAACCUCGGCGAAAACUGACGAGGAGGUACGUCGGUUUCGGAACUUGCGGUGGGCUUUUAUCGGACUCAGCGUGGCUGCGAGCGUGGUGUACCUGUACUCCAUGGCGGGGCUUGUGACUGUUAAGGUGGUAUAUCCUGAGCGUGAUGCUGAGGUAGGCGAGGCGGACGGGCUUCAGGAUGUUGAAGAUGAGGAACUGGAGGAGGAAACCGAGGAGGAGGGACCGGCAGAUGUCGAGUAG